AUGAAGGCUCUAAUUUUUUUGGCGGUUUUUGCAAUUGUCUUCCAGCUUGGUAAGGCUCAAGUCUUUUUUCGUAUUUACAGAUGGUAGAAUAGAUUCAUAAUAAACUUGAAAGAUUUUUCAUACUUCUUGAAGCGAAGCCGGAUGAAAUUCCAGUUCAUUCUACAACUCAGUUCACCCUCACCAGUUCCUAACCCCAGUUCAACAAAACAUCAAUUCCUAUCUGACGGGUCGCAUACACUUCUUUGGAAAAGAAGUGUAUCAUAAAUUCUAUCCUCAGCGCCAUUUAAAAAUCCUGUCGUGGCUCACUUCCUUAGUCCUUGUCCUUUUCCUUGCCAUUGUGAUUGCCAUUUUUUCUUGCAAUUUCCAUUGGCAUUACCAUUGCUACUGUGAUUGUCAUAGUCAUAGCCAUUGUCAUUGUCAUUGUCAAUGCCAUUGCCAUUGCCAUUGCUACUGUCAUUGUCAUCGUCAUUGCUAUUGUCACUGUCAUUUCCAUUAUCAUUGCCAUUGUCAUUGCCAUUGCCAUUGCCACUGUCAUUGUCAUUGUCAUUGUCAUUGUCAUUGCCAUUGCCAUUACCAUUGCCAUUGCCAUUGCCAUUGCCAUUGCCAGUGUCAUUGUCAUUGUCUAUUUUCAUGCAUAUUUUACUGUAUUCUAUCGCAGGCACAAGUCAUAUGUAUGGUAAACCAAAAGGUAAAGUUACCUGCAACAACAAUCAUACGGUCGAUAUCAAAAUCACUAACGUAGAUGAUCUUAACGAGUGGACGGUAGAUGAAUGGCAAUUAAAGAACAAGAGCGAGUGCAAGCCAGUAUUUGGUAAUGAGACAGUAACCUACAGUGCCCUGAAUCUGCCUGAUUGUGCUUGGUCAUCUGAACAACCGGCUAACAGCAGUAUCAAAUAUGUCUUGAAAAUCAAUCCAACCAAGAAAAACUCCAGCACCGGGCAGCUUCGUGGCUAUGACCACCUUUACUAUGUAUGGUGCUCGUAUGUCAAUGAAAACGUAUCCACUGCCAGUUUUGUACCAAUCAAGAACCGGGAAGACAACGAUUCAAGUAAGUAAAAAUGAUAGAACGAUUCUUCGGCCUUAUCUUUGAAAUCGCCAAUGAAAGCCAUGUUUGACUCUGUUUCAAUUAAAGAAGGUUCUGAAAGGGUAAUGUGAAAACUUGGACUUUUUUUUUUAAAGGGAACAUAUGGGAAUUAUGAAUGUGAUUUUCUUGUCUCUCCUAGGCACUUCGUUUUUCAGCUUUAAUCUUGAAGCGUUCAUCUAUUCCAAUUACACUGGAGGAGUUCCCGACAAAGUUCCACUGAAAACAGUGUUGUACUUCCAGGCUUCGGUUGAGACCUCAAGCUCUGCACCCAAUCUUGACCUUUUUCCUGUUCACUGUUAUUCGUCAAAGAACAGAGACCCGGCCUCAACGGAAGGGCAAGUUACUCUGAUAGAAGGAGGGUAGGUGGUCUCAGGUGGUGGCUAGAGAAAAAUAAUCCUCCUAAAGCUCAGAUAUUCCGCUCUUCAAAGUGAGCAACUGACUGACCAAUGCUUGAAAGAUAUGGAGAUACCCCAAGCUACUGGGGGCUGGGAAAAUUCAGAGAAAUUCAUUAAGGGAGAAAUCUUUAGCGUCAGCAGCAUCCUUGUUCCCAAAAAUCCAUGGCGAAACGAAGACGACAAGCUACCAACUACAUAAAUUCUUGUGAAUCACAAAUAGGAGCGGAUGGUGGUGAUAAAAUUUCCGGCGUUCUCUGUUUUGUUAAUCAUGGAUGUCGUUUGUCACUAACAAAGGCAACAUCUUUAAAUUUUACACAACGGAUUCGUUAUUCUACCACCCAUGAAAUGAAGCCAUUGUCUGCAGGUCAUUCAGCUUAAGGGGUGGUGCUACUAAAGACGAUUUGGCAAAGUAACGAUGUAAUCUCUCUGCCAUGUCGAUCGGAUUUACUAAAAGACUUUAAAUGGCACGAUGUUGUUCAAGAUUUAGAUAUUAUUUUGAAACUAGAAGUUAAUGAUUUGUAUUGAUCUCCUUUUUUCAAACAGCUGUGGCAACAAAGCCACCAGUAAAGACCUCGAAGACACUUUGUCCUACUCUUGCGCAAGUGACAGUACCAAAGAAAAGUUCUCCAUUCAGGCCUUUAGAUACUAUGGAGCUGAGGCAGGUGACCCAGUUUACUUCCACUGUGUUCUAAGGGUUUGUUUGGCAGACAAGACCCCUUCAGCUUGCGAGUGCCCUUCCAGCAGUCAGUGUCCUAGUUCCAGGAAAAAGAGGUCAACAGUGGAUGAAACUAAAGUGUAUCGCGUGUCUACCGGGCCUUUUAUUUUUGGAAACGAAGAGGAAGAGAAAGAAAGUAUGAGGCAUUCAUUUCUGUGAUUGUUAUCUAAUUGAUUGUAAAGCUAUACGUAGAAUGCGUUGAGAUCCCUUUUAAGGGGCAAGGUCACGUCGAACCAAGAUCCUACUUGAAUUAUGCUCUACCACCUGGACUAUCGAAAACUACUGAAAACUGUCAGGAGCAGCAAUGUCGAAAGUAUUCCAAGUGAAAACUUUAUUUUCACGCUUGGUUGCUGAAAAGAAAAAAAAAACGAAAGAAAUCAAACGGAAAAUUUUUAUUCAGAGGAGAUUACUCUGCAAUAAGGUGUUAAAAAAAACCGGAGCCAUUGUUGUCCCAAAGGUCAAUCAGGAAAAUACGAUUUAAGAGCCGAUCGAAAGUCAACGAUAAAAAUAAGCAAAUUGGCCAAAGGGGAACAAACUGCAAGUGGACUCGUCGCAGUUGGUUCUGGUUUUGAAUUUUAAAGCACGAGUCUUCUAAAGUAAUCAAAGAGCAAAGUCAGAAGCUAAACCAAUACAAUCCUAAAUAACUUUCGACAUUCAAUUAUAAAUUGCUCUGAUGCCGAUUAUUUGAUUUCUCUUCUCAGCAGGAUCAGGUGAAGAAAAUGAGUCCCAGUCCCUCUCAAACAGUACAGUGAUUACAGUCGCGAUUAGUGGUGUUCUCGCAGUGGCAAUCAUCUGCCUCACAGUUUACCUGAUACUGCGCAGCCGCAACAAGCACAGGCAACAUGGCGACAUCCACGUUGCUACAUAA